AUGUCCUUCCCAUCGCAAAUCAAGGCCGUUGGUAUCCACAAGACGGGCGACUUCGACGUAAUCGAGGACCUCACGUUGCCAUUUCCGGAGAAUGCACCCGGUAAUGUGCUCGUAAAGGUGCACUAUGGCGGUGUCAACUUCAUUGAUACGUAUUUCAGGAAGGGGCUGUACAAGAUCGAUCGCUUUCCGUACGUGCAGGGCACAGAGGGCGCAGGCACCAUCGCGGCGCUGCCAUCAGAUCCCAGCGUCGUGAAUGACGAGGAGUUCAAGAAACGAGGAUUCAAGGUCGGAGGGAAAGUAGCCGUUUACGCUGGGCCCGUCGGUACCUUCACCGAAUAUGCCACGAUUCCUUGGGCCAAGGUCUAUCCCGUCCCGGAGUCUGUCUCUCUCAGAACGGCAGCGGGUCUAUUCGUCCAAGGUCUGACUGCGCUGACGUUCAUCACGGAAGCGUACAACGUCCAGCGGGGGGACUACAUACUUGUCCACACCAUCGCAGGCGGACUGGGCCUGCAGUUCGCGCAGCUGUUGAAGGACCGCGGCGCCAUCGUGAUCGGGACGACGUCAACCAAGGAGAAGGCGGAGCUCGCGAAGAGCUAUGGCGCUGACCAUGUCAUCCUUUAUCGGGACGAGAAUGUGGUGGAACGCGUCUUGGAGAUCACUAAGGGCGAGGGCGUGCAUGCUGUCUUCGACGGGGUAGGGAAGGAUACCUUCGAAGACAACUUCAAGCUACUCCGCCGGAAGGGGACCCUCGUCUCUGUCGGGAACGCGUCGGGUGCCGUCCCGCCGUUCCCGCCCCUGAAGCUCGUCGAGAAGAACCUCAAGCUUCUCCGACCCACUAUGGGCAAUUACAUCUUCACGCCAGAAGAGGGACGCCUGUACAGCUCGGAGCUCUUCCGCUUCGCCGCUGAGGGCAAGCUCAAAUUGCAGAUCCACAAGGAGUACCCACUUACCGGCGAGGGCGUGCAGCAGGCGCAGAAGGACCUCACUGGCGGGCAGACGGUUGGUAAGCUGCUCGUCAGGGUUUCUGAUGAGGAGAGAUAG